AUGGCGGAUCCUUUGAGUUUAUUGCGGCAGUAUAAUGUUAAUAAAAAAGAGAUAAUUGAACGGGAAAAUCAGAUUAUAUUUGGUGAAUUUUCGUGGCCAAAAAAUGUGAAAACAAAUUAUCUAACUUACGGAUCUGGAAAAGAAGGAACAGCCAAGGACUACUAUACCCUCGAGUGCCUACUAUUUUUAUUAAAGCAUGUUCAACUCACCCAUCCAGUAUACGUGCGACAAGCCGCAGCGGAGAAUAUUCCCGUGGUGCGUCGUCCGGAUCGUAAGGAUCUGCUGGCAUAUCUCAAUGGCGAGACCGCAACUUCUGGAGCCAUCGACAAAUCGGCUCCGUUGGAGAUUCCAACUCAAGUCAAAAGAGCCGCCGAGGAUGGCCUGGAGGCAGGUCUGUCUAAGAAGCCAAGAUUCGAAGAAACACACGUCCAGCGAGUCAAAGAUCAGCUGGCAGCCAGGCUAGAUGCUCCGAAGGAGGCUUCAGUAACUGUCGACAACAUAAAGUCUCUGUCAGAGGCUAUGUCCGUCGAAAAAAUAGCAGCCAUCAAGGCCAAACGUUUGGCCAAAAAACGUACGACAAUUAAAGAAAAUGACGACAUAGGAAUGGGAUCUGAUUUACGAGUAAUUUUGGACAUGGACGUUGAUGACACUAAAGACAUUGUUUCUCGUGAAAGACAGUGGAGAACUCGAGCGACAAUUCUUCAGAGCAGCGGUAAAAUAUUUGGUAAAAAUAUAUUCGCUAUACUGCAGAGUAUAAAAGCACGAGAAGAAGGUAGACACAAGGGUCCAGCUGUGCCAACUCCGAUGGUUACACCGCGUUCAACACCAAUGAGGCCUCUCCCACAGCCGGCGGUUUACAAUCGUUAUGAUCAGGAAAGAUUUAUUCGACAGAAAGAAGAGACUGAAGGUUUUAAAAUUGACACCAUGGGAACUUACCACGGAAUGACAUUGAAAUCAGUGACAGAAGGAUCAAACCCAGCUGUGAGGAAGCCGAUUCCAAACCCUUCUUCAACUCCGACUUCAGGACUUCUUCCGACCUCGGCUGCUAAGCUCACACCUCAGCAAGCUGCGCAGAACAAACGUCCCAGUAGGACUCCGAUAAUAAUAAUUCCCAGUGCCAAUUCAUCGCUUAUAACGAUGUUUAACGCCAAGGAGAUUCUCCAGGACUUGAAGUUUGUCAGCAAUGAAGAAAAGAAGUCCAGUGGUGCAAAGAGAGAAAAUGAAAUUCUCCUCCAGAGGAGAAAGGAGGGAGGACUCACGGUACCGUAUCGAGUAGUGGAUAAUCCUCAGAAGCUAACGAAUGCUGACUGGGAUCGUGUGGUUGCUGUUUUUGUAAUGGGUCCUGCUUGGCAAUUCAAAGGAUGGCCCUUUGAUGGAAAUCCUGUUGAGAUAUUUUCAAAAAUCAGCGCUUUUCAUUUGAAGUACGAUGAAAUGAAGCUCGACGCGAACGUCGGCAAGUGGGCUGUGACUGUCAUCGAACUGAGUCGUACCAAACGUCAUUUGGAUCGAGCUGCACUGAUGCGUUUUUGGGAACACUUGGAUAAACAUAUUGUUAAAAAUAAACCUUUAUUAAGGUUCUAA